GUUUAUCAAGGCGAUAUAUUGGGAUAUCGAUACAAAUUCCGAUCUGAUGCGAUACCGAAUAUCGAUAUUCUUUUUUUGAGCAUUGGAAAAUUCAUGGCUAAUGCGGCAAAAACAGAGAGAGACUAGCGAAUGAGAGAGGAUGAAUUUGAGACAAAGUACGAACCGCAUUACGAGGUAUGAAGUCAGCACUUACAUACGUAUCUAUCACUCGUGAUUUUUUUUGCCAGUCAGAGACAUUCGAUUUUAUCGUUGACAAAUCGUGAAUUGUUGGAGUAAAUCCAUCUCAUUCGUGCGCAGAUUUCCAGAAGUGUUGCAUCCCAGGUAGAACUGACACUGACGGCUCAGACAUGAGGUAAAGGGAUCAUCAAUUGAGAUAAGAAUUCUUCUAAUAGAUCUAGUGACUGUGAUAUCCAUCCUGAGGCCUUAGAAAAGUGAGUGAAAAGCUAGAACCCCAAGAAAAUGUGGAGAGAGACGUUAGAAGACCUCAAGGAUGCUCACCUGGUGGCGAGAAUCCAGGAAUUCUUUGGCGUGGACAUCAGUCACGAGAAAUCCCCAAGAGCCUUCACCUCCGAGACCGAUGAUCAAUCGAGAUUAAUCGAGAAGAACGGAAUAACCCGUGAAAAUGGUAAACGAAUCGCUCACGCGACUGAUUCUAUUGACGCGAAGGAAAAAUUACCGGACAAACGAGUGCCAGUGAACAAUUACUUCUGGUACUAUUUGUUCCUCUUUGGAACAGAAUUGGGUGACGAGAUGUUCUACUGCUCGUUCAUUCCCUUUUGGUUCUGGAAUGUUGACGGAGCCGUUGGGAGGAGAAUAAUCCUAGUCUGGUCGAUAGUUAUGACAGCUGGACAGGCCUUGAAGGACAUCCUCUGCUGGCCACGUCCUGCCUGUCCCCCAGCUGUCAGACUUCAGAGCAAAUGGUCGCAGGAGUACGGAAUGCCAUCGACCCAUGCGAUGGUUGGAGUGGCCAUUCCAUUCGGCAUUAUCUUGUUUACUCUGAAUCGAUAUGUCUAUUCAAUUCCUGCGGGAGUCGUCGUCGCCGUUUUGUGGUGUUCGUUGAUUUGUCUGAGCAGACUGUACCUAGGCAUGCACACAGUCUUAGAUAUCGUGGCUGGACUCCUGCUGGCCAUCAUGAUGAUGAUUCCACUAGUGCCAGUCGUUGACUUCACCGAUUACUAUCUAGUCACCAAUGAGGCGGCAUUUUUUAUACUCUUCCUUAUGAGUGUUGCUACUAUUAUUUAUUAUCCGACCAGUGAGAAGUGGACACCGACGAGGGGUGACACGGCGAUGGUAGUGUCCGUGACAACUGGUGCUCAUUUAGGGGCUCUUAUUAACUUCAAGACUGGAGCAAUGCAGCCUCCUCUUCUGCCACCACCCUACAGCAUAAUGUGGCCGACGCGGACGAUGCUAGGGUGCACGAUAUUACGCACAAUCCUCGGUUUUUGCUGUGUCUUCGCCACAAAGGCCAUCAGCAAGUUUCUGGGGUACACCAUAAUAUGUGCCAUACUCAGGGUCAAUCCCAAAGACCUCAUUAACAGUGAGAAUUCACUCAAGAACAAGAACAAAGUAUUCGUUGAUUUAUUUUGCAAGUACAUCAGCUGUUUCAUGAUCGGUUUAAACACUGUUUAUCUUCUGCCCAAUGUAUUUACGAUUAUGGGAAUUGGAAGGCCGACAUUUUACACAGAAAUGUGAGACGAUAAUAGUUUUGCAUUUUGAUUCAAUUGAAAAAAGUUAGAAAUUAUAUUUUCCCACAACGACAAAUUGAAAAUUAAUUAAAUGAAUUCGGUGG